AUGUCCGACUACGGCGGCGACGACUAUGGCGGUGGUGAUGCUGGAUACGAUGACGGCGCUGUCGAGUUCGAUGAGGAAAUGGAGCCCGAUGUCUUUGACGACAACGACGACGAUGCAGCCGGCGGCCAGGACCAAGACGCACAGGAUCAGGAGGACAACAUCGUAGUGUCUGGCGAUGCAAGCGCAGGAGCAGCCGCGAAAGACAAGGUCAAGAAUACGGUCGAAAACGAAAAGGACAAGAAGGUCGCGCCCGAGAACCGCACCACGACCCCAUACAUGACCAAGUACGAGAGGGCGCGAGUGCUGGGAACAAGGGCGCUACAGAUCAGUGGUAAUGCGCCGGUCCUUAUCGAUGUCGAAGGCAUGACCGAUCCGCUCCAGAUUGCUGCAAAGGAGCUACAGGAGAAGAAGAUUCCACUGGUGGUGCGGAGAUACUUGCCAGAUGGUUUCUACGAGGAUUGGACUUGUGAGGAGCUUUUGACAUAGAUGAUUUGGUUUGGCUGCAUUGGGUCCGGAGUUUGUUUGGCGAUAAGGCGGAUCAUAUUCGGCGAAGGGAGUCUUGAGUUCACGAGUUUUUCCCGAAUGCCACCCGAGUUCCGCUUUCUC